GUGAAUAUCUAUAUGAUAUCGCUACGAAUGUAAAUUUGCGGAAGAAUGCGACGGCACUGAAAUCGUUCGAUUGAAAUUUUACAGUCAGUUUUAUUGCUACGACAAAGCCGCGCGUGUUUUUAUUUCUCGUAAAGUAAUCAUGUACACAGCAUAAAAAUAAAACUAAUUAAAUAAAUUUAUUUAAUAAGUGUUGUGAUGUCAAUUUUAUAUAGUGCAGUUGCAUAUCAAAAGACAAUUUUUAAUAAGUAUGCGUCCUGUGAUGGAAAUUUUGAUGAAAUUUUGGAUGAAGUACUUCUUAAAAUUCCACGGAGAAAUCAUAAAAUGACGUAUUAUCAUGGACGUUAUUUAUUUCAUUAUAUUUUGGUCGACGAAUAUUUUUAUUUUUGCGUCACAGACAAGCUAUGUCAACGAUCGAGAGCAUUUCUGUUUUUGAACGAAAUAAAAAGACAGUUUGAAUUCAAUAAAACAGAUUUCACCCGUGUGUUAGCUGAACAAAUGUACCGCUAUAAUGAAGACUACAGUACAAUAGUGAUAACAAGGGGGGAACUAGAAGAAUUAAAUACGAUAGGUGUGGAUAGCAGCGAAAGCAUUCUCGGGGAAAAAAUACUCCUCGCGAGUAACGACAAUAACCUAAGAUAUACGAUCAUAUCCAGUAUAGAGAGAAAAGUGCCGGAACACGACGAGAUCUCUUUUAAAAAGUCAAAAUCAUACAUUUUUGUGAUAGCAACUUUUAUAAUUGCAGCAUUUAUGAUAAUGUUCAUUUUUGGUCCGUUGUCUUUUACAUUUGUAGUAUUAAUACUAAUAUUAUUACGGGUUGUUCAUAAGAAAUUGUGUGAUAGUAGUUAAUAAAAAUAAUUAUAUUUUG